AUGUCUGCUUCAAUUUGCAAGUCUGGCGUUUCCCCUCCAAAACGUGGUAUGCCAAGAAAUGAAGUAGGAAUCACAAGAAUUAAAUUAAAGAAGGAUGUGUUCGAAACGUGGCUUUCAAGGAAGGAUUCUCUUGGUUUUUCAAAGAAGACCCAUAGUGAGUUUGUGAUGCACUUGUUGUUGAAUUUCUGCGAGGAAGAACAUGGCGAAAGUAAUUUUAUACCGACCCCUACUGAUGGUAAGCAUAAAACUCUUUUGACCCAUUGUAUGUUUUUACAUGAACUUCGGCUUUAUACAUAUCAGCUUGGUUUUUAAGUUUCAGAUGACAGACAUACAUGUACCUCCAGUCGUCAAUUCAACACCAAAUGGAAAUAGCAACAUGGGAUUAUUUCAUGCUACUUCGCCAAUUUACAAGGACGAUGUUCACGGUGCAUACAUUGAAGAUUCUACCUCUUCUCAUGAGAAUAUGAAUGUUAGCAGGGUGGAGAGCGUCUACACUUUCAUUAAUCCAGAAUUUGGAAUACAUGCUGGAGAUCCAUCUUCUUCUGAAAGCGAUUGUUCAAGUUCAGAAUCAACGGACACUUCGUCGACAAGGUACUGUAAAUUCUAAACUAGGGUAGGGUAUAUCUAUAUUUGGAAUUCUGAAUGAUUCGCAAGUUAGUAAUAAAGUGGAAUAAAGAGGUCAAUAUUAAGGUUUAUACAUCAUUCAUAAUCUAAAAGAGAUGUUUGAAAUGGUGAUUACUGAUCAGUCGACUUUUUUUAUUGUUUGUGACAGUGACAUAGACAACAGUUUGGGGGAGAAUUGCUGCAGUGAACUCUGUUUCAGUGAUGAUGUUGAGCGGUAAUUUGAAAUUUUGAAUCAAUUUGAAUCUGAUGUAGACUAUUAAUAAUUAAUUAGGUAUCGAUUACUUUUCUGAUAAUAUAAAUCCCAACAUCCCUGGGUUAGAAAUGCUCAUACAACUACUCAAUAAUGCUGAACUAUUUUGCAAUUAAUUCUUUCCUUAUUUAUGCUGCAGUUUAUCAGAUGAUUACGAUGAUGAAACAACAUUGAGUGCUAUAGACCUGGAAGUUGAUAUGACAUCUUCAUGCAGUCCCAAUAUAACUAAAGGAGAAGAGGAUAUGGACAUCAGUGACUCAGAAGAUGGUGAUGUUGGCAAGGAGCAAAAACCAGAAUCAUGCUCAGAAAGAAAUGAAAGGUUGCUAAAUGAAAUGAAAUCUGCAUUCAAUGUGUUGAAUGGGAUUGAGAAACGAAACAGUAGGUGCAGUGAGCACUUUUUUCAAUGUGUCUAUUAUGGUGGAUAUUUUUAACAAGGGCUGCCAACAUCUAUCUUGUUCAGGAAAAAGUAAAGUUGUAAAUAAUAAACUUGAAGGAGGUGUUUUAAAAGUGUCAUGGGAAUGUUCCAAAGGUCACACUGGAUGCUGGGCAUCCUCACAAGAGCUCAGUCGGCACGAUGGGCAAAUUAUAUAUGCCAACCCUUUCUUGAUGUCUGCUGGAUGUUUAAUUUCUGGAAAUAACUUUGACAAACUAUCGUUUUUACCAGCAAUAGAUCCUCAGAAAUCCUCAUCAACGCCGCAGAAUUCUAUUAUUUCCUCGGAAUUUGUAUCAAUAUCUAGCCGAUUAAGCUAUAUUUGGAUUUCAACGCGUGAUACUAUUUUAAGGAAAUGUUCAUUGUCCAGUAAUUAUCAUUAUGGCCUACAGUUUCAAAUUAACAACAAUCUACACCUGCUCCUAUGGAUCUUGUUAUCAGGAGACGUUGCUAUCAAUCCAGGUCCCGGUAGUAAAUAUUUUCGGUGUCUUUCCUUCAAUGCCCAGAGUACUACAAAAUUACCUGUUGGGACUUACAACGACGCACACUCCCAUUAUCCAUCUCUGUGUAGUGACUUGCCAAGCGGACUUCUGCGAAGUUUAGCACCGAGAAUUAAUAACACUAAGCUAGAUGAAAUAAAACUAAUUCUAAAGGACCCAGGCAGCGAAACACACAUUCUAGGUGUUACGGAAUCUUGGUUAGACGAGUCAAUUGAUGACACAUGUAUUAAAAUCAAUGGUUAUACACACGAAAGAAGCGACAGAUCUUCAAAAACAUUACCAAUUGAUAAGCACCAUGCAGGCGGAAUUAUUGUUUACAUUAAGGAGGACAUUCCCUAUUUUAGAAGAAAUGAUCUUGAAUCUAUCAAUGUUGAAUCGAUCUGGUUACAACUUUGUCCACCUAAUAGUCCGGCUCACCUUAUUUGUGUAGCAUAUAGAUGUCCUGAGUACACCACAUCGCAGUGGAUUGAAAACUUUGAAAUGCAACUAAAUAAAGCUUAUGUGGAAGGCCAUCAACUAACAAUAAUGGGAGAUUUUAACAUCGAUGUUUCGAAAAAUACCAGUGACUCUCAAUGUUGGUUGGAAUCUAUGGGUGACUUACAUCUUCACCAGAUUGUUACAGAAUCAACAAGAGUUACAGAAAAUACAUCUACACUUCUAGAUCACGUAUUUACAUCCGUCCCACAUAAAAUUAGAAGCGUUAAAGUCCCAAGAAUUGGAAUUAGUGAUCAUUAUCCAACUUGCGUAGUAUUUAAAGAUAGUUUUGGUAGGAAACAUUCACACACGACCAUCAAGUAUCGUUGCUAUAAAAACUUUAACGAAGAAGCCUUUUGUAAAGACUUAUCUCAAAUCCCUUGGGACACAAUCGAUAUAUUUGAUGAUGUUGACAAUGCUUUAGAGGCGUGGUACAAUUUAUUCCUUGACGUGAUUGACAAACAUUUACCUUUGCGAGAAAAGCGAGUGAAAAAACAACAACAACCUGAUUGGAUGACCUACGAGAUUAUUCAGUGUAUCGCCCAAAGGGAUUAUUUCAAAUCGAUCAACGAUAUGGUAAAUUAUAAGACCUACAGAAACCGUUGUGUGUCGUUAAUCAGGGAUGCAAAAACUACCUACUAUAAAACUUGUGUUGAAGAUCAUAAAGGUGAUUCGAAGAAAUUGUGGCAAUAUCUACGUGAUAUUAUUCCAACAAAUCUUAAAACCGCACCGUCAAGUUUACGAAAUAACUCAAACAACUCCAGCAUAUCGGACCCUGAAGAUAUGUGUGAACAUUUCAACAACUUUUUCUCCACCAUUGUUAACCAGUAUGUUGCGGUUCAACAAUUUUCUAGUGACUUUGAUAAACUAUCUGAAAUGGUCAACUCAAGAAUUAAUAGUGAUGAUGCCUUUAGUAUCCCACAACUAACUGAAGAAGAGGUUUGUAGUUAUCUACGUAACUUAGACACUCACAAAGCAACCGGACUUGAUGGCUUAAGUCACAAGAUUUUGAAGAUGUCAACCUAUUUAAUAGCUCCAUCUCUGACUAAGAUUUUCAAUAAAAGUUUAUCAUCCGGAAUGUUUCCGACAAAAUGGAAAACAUCAAAAAUUAUCCCAAUCUACAAAUCUGGUGCCAAAUGUGAUGUCAACAACUACAGGCCCAUAGCCAUACUCUGCGCUGUCAGUAAAGUUCUCGAGCGUCAUAUUCACAAUCAUCUUUACCAGUUUCUCGUGAGUCAUAACUUAUUACAUCAUGCCCAAUCUGGUUUUCGAAGAAAUCACUCGUGUGAAACAGCGCUAUGCAAACUUGUGGAUAUGUGGACAUCCAACAUGGAGAGCGGCCUCAUAAAUGGGGCAGUAUUUAUUGAUCUACGCAAAGCUUUCGACAUGGUAGAUACAGAUUUGUUAUUACGAAAACUUGCAGUUUACAAAUGUGAUGAUUUGACAUUAUCCUGGUUUAAGUCAUACCUGCAAGAAAGAGACCAAUGUGUGCACUUUAAAGGAACUUUGUCAUCUAAGAAAUCUUCUCUGUAUGGUGUCCCCCAAGGAAGUAUUCUAGGACCUUUAUUGUUUAUAAUGUUUAUCAAUGAUCUUCCAUUAUAUGCCAAUUCCAACACAGACAUGUAUGCUGAUGAUUCGACAAUCCAUACAAGUGCUAGAACAGUUGAGGAACUCAAUAAUAAAUUAACUGAGGAUAUGACAAACGUUCAAGCUUGGUGUACUAACAACAACAUGGUAAUAAAUGACGGUAAAACGAAGGCAAUGAUGAUAACAACAUCUCAGCGCGCAGCCACAUUAAAUUCAAAUCUACGAGUAGAAUUUAACGGUGUCCAGUUAAAGAAUACCAACAAUGAGAAAAUACUUGGGGUUGUUAUGAAUGAACAUCUUUCCUGGAAACAGCAGAUUGACAAAGUAGCAAAAUCUCUAAUUAAAGGAAUUCAUCUUCUGAGACAGAUCAAAGAAUAUUUGCCUAUUGGUCACCGAGUAAUUUACUACAAGUGUUUCUUACAACCUCAUGUAGAUUAUUGCUGUACAGUUUGGGGACAAUCAUGUCAUAUUAUUCGCAUACAUAAACUCCAAAAGUUAGCUCUGAGAAUUAUUUACGACAAACCGAAGCUAACCUCUUCUGGGCCACUAUUUAAAGCUGCUGGAGUCCUGCCUAUACAGCAAAGAGUAAUGCUACGAACAGCAAUAAUGGUAUAUAAAUCAUUAAACAACUGGGUACCCAAGUACAUAAGUGACUUAUUUGUCUUAAAGUCAUCAGUGACAAAACGAAUUACAAGAAGCUCAGAGAACAACGAACUGUGGAUACCGCGAACGAAACUAACAAUUAGGCAGAAAACGUUGAAAUUCAGUGGUGCAACAUUAUAUAACAGUUUACCACGUGCGACCAGACAAUCAACGUCAUUAAGCUCCUUUAAAAUAAGAGCCUAUAAAUACUUUUUAGAUACUUAUAUAUAAGUUAUUUGUUUGUACGACUUUUAUAUGUUCUUGUUGUACUGAUGUCCAAUUUAAUGUGUAGUUUUAAUAGUAAAUUUGUAAUAAGUAGACGAUAACAGUUGAACAGAAGGCCCAGUGUAAGAUUAGCGUUGCUAAACUGGUUUUUGUAUAAUUACACCUUCUUUAAAUAAAGUUUAUUAUUAUUAUUAAUUCCUCGGACUUGGUAUCAUUUCAAAUUCAACAUACUACAGAAUGCAAACACUCUACAUAAUUCCUGAAGUCACAAGGUAUUGGGAGCAGAUGAAAGCAGAAAUUUGGGACAUACUAUCUGAGGAAACUGUCAUAUUGUGUGGUGACGGACGUAACAACUCUCCAGGACACAGUGCUAAAUAUUGUAUGUAUGCCUUAAUGGAACAGAGUUUGGAUGUUAUGGUUGAUGUUGAAGUGGUCGAUAAAUGUGAAACAGGGGGUGUGUCAACCAACAUGGAAGUUCUGGGCUUGAAAAGGAAACUGGAAAGAAUGGUUGGCAAUAUUAUCAUUUCAGAAAUUGUAACUGAUGCAUCGGUUGCUGUUAUUGCCCUGGUUAGAACGAUGAAAGGUACUGUAAUAAAUUGGUAAAUUAUAUAGACAUGUUUUCAGAUUUCAGAAAAAUACAGUAACCCUCAGGGCCAUAGCAGACAAGCUAAAGAAGGGGGAGUGUGUAAUAUCACAUUUGCCGAACAUUUCAGUCGCCAAUUAAUAUUUUCCCCAAAAUUGCUGGCGAGGGGGGGGGGUGGAGUCAAAACGUUUUUCGGAACUCAUUAAUUUAUCGUAAUUUGUUAACAAUUAUCGUAAAUUUUAUUCUGAGCCACUCAAAUAUUUUCGAUGACCAAUAAAUCAAAAACAAUUUGCUGAGUCAACAGGCAUUUUCAGAGUGUGUGAUGAAUUGGGGUGUUAACUCCCCCCCAACACACCCCCUCUCUAGAUGUACGUCCCUGGUAACCCUGGCUAAUAUGUCUUAUUGAGACAAAUCGAAUAUAACUUGUUUAAUAAAGUUGGUGACUAUUUCAGUCAUAUUUAUGUGUAAUUUUUACUUUUCCCAUUGCCCGAUAAAUAUCCCAAUGAGUUCUCUCAUCUCUUUCAUGCACUUGAUAUAUGGCAUAAAUCUGUCAAAUUGUCAAAAAAACUUACCAAGGUAAAGUAGAUGUACCGCCCAUACAGUCUUACAUACCAUAUAAAUUUACAGAAAACAGUUAUACAGUACAUACUUUCAUGAAAUGUAAUAGAAUAAGUGUACAUUACCUCAGAUUACCUGCUGCAAUAUGUAGAGAAAUGCUAUAAUACAAUAUAUGGUUCUCUGAAUGUGACAGUGUGGAAUGUGGAUAGUGUAUACUGUAAACUGUCAAAAAAAAUUAAAUCUUGUUAUUCUUGAUAUGCAAUUAAAGGCAGCUAAAGUCAAAGGCUGUGAGAAUAUCACUGAAUGGUCAGAACCAAUACGUAAUCAUUUUUGGUUUGUUUGCCAGAACUGUAAGUGUGAUUUAGAGAAUCUCAAGGUAAUUUUAAGCUCACUUGGCUAUACAUAAACAUGUCAAUUUAAUAAAUGUUUACUUUUUUCUAAAUAUAUUGUAUUCAUCCCACGGGUAAGAACAAACAUUUGGUAUGAAUAAACAUGAAAAAAACAUAAAAUAAUUGUAAUAAUUGCUUUGUUUGUUUUUUAGGACAACUGGUUUGGAGUGCUUCAUCAUAUUGCUGGGGAGCAUGAGUGGCUUGAUGGUGAAUGUGUGCAUGGGCUGCUAGUUGCUGAAGAAGGUGGGAAAACAUACCUAAACAACAAUUCCAAGGCAUUUGAAGCUAUCCGUAACAUUGUUCUUGAUCAAUGAUUCCUGAAAAGUUUGAGUCAUUAUGUAACAUUCAGGUAUAACAAACAUGCAUGCUGCAUAUUAGAAGAGUGAUUGUGUUGCCUUAAAAUAUUCAGAUGUGUGUAUCAUUAUGCAUGUGGUGAUUUAAGAUGGAAAUGUUAUGUUAAAAAAAUCAUGUUUUAUUCUUGUUUAUGUAGGCACACAAGCAAAUUAGAAAAUUUCAACUCUAUGCUACUAAAAUAUGCACCAAAAAGAGUUGGAUUCCAGUAAGUUUUCACUAUUAAUUAUGUUUAAAGCAUGCAGCACUCCAAGUGAUCCGUCUUCACGGUCACAUGUACAGCUCCUUCAUUAGGAGCAUAGGAAAGUUACUGAACAUUUUAACUUGGGGGGGGGGGGGCUGACCAAGAGGCCCAGAGUGCCACAUGAUUGCCAAAAAUUUAAAUUUCGACUCUAAAUUGUCAGCAAUGGCAUUUUUAGAGUCAUCUUUACCUCUUUCGUUAGACAUUUCAGUAUACAAAUUACAUUUUGAUUUUUACAGAAUUGAAGCAUUUAUUGGUAGAACCUAUCUGGCAGCCAUUGAUCAUAACACACAUGUGUUUCGGAAAAAUGCUGUUAGUGCCACUGGUAAACUUAAAUACAACAAAGUUUACAGUAAACGUUCGAACAAUCAUAGGAUUGUGCCUGUCAAAGAUCCGAAAACAUAUGACUUUUGGCCCACACUAGCUACCCGGAUUAUCCAGAAGAGGAUUGAUGAUGAUGAUAGUGUGCACUGUAGAGUGGAAAUUUCCGAGGAGCAUCCAAAAAAUAUUGCACCGUCAAUUUCACUUCAUCCCAUACCAAAAACAGAUGGUUUGGUUAAACAGUCACUUUCGAGAUUUGUACACACCAGUGCUUCUGCCAACAACGUACAGCAGCAGGUUGCUGAAGACCCAGAGCCACAGACUCCAACCUAA